GCUGAAUGAACCUUGAGCUACUUGACUCGGCUGGCCAGGACUAUCCCGAGGUGGUUGAACGCUACUUGGAAGACGGCUUUGCGCAAACCUGCGCUUUCAAUCGAUUUGGCACGCUGCUCGCUGCUGGGUGCAACGAUGGUCGUGUUGUCGUUUGGGAUUUUGAUACCCACUCGGUUGCCCGUCACUUGACCGGUCAUGUUCAUCCCGUCAGCUCUGUCAGUCGAUUUUUGCUCUCUGGGUCCUCGGAUACCAACGUUAUUCUAUGGAAUGUCGCCACCGCCGAGCGAAUGAAAACCUUCCGAUUCAAUUCGGCAAUCAUGUCAUGUCAGAUGCACCCACGCAAUUGUGAUUACUUUAUCGCGUGUCCUAUCGGCUCUGCGCCGGUGCUUGUAGAGAUUGCAACCGACAAGCGCUUUGAGCUGCCAUCAGAUGUUGAUCCGGAAACGGGCUUGGGCACCAACUUUCACACUUCCAGCGCAUCCGCCUCGGCAUCGGCAGGGCUCACUCCUGCCACCUUCGGACGCGGCGGCAAGCGGAUAUUUGUUGGCAAUCCUAAAGGUCGAGUGUUGCUAAUCGACACAACGACACGAGAGACGUCCGAUCGUAUUUUCAUUUGGGAGCGGGAUGCCACAGGACCUUGGAUUAAAAUCCUCGAAGGUCUCAAGGAACACAACCUGGAUGUGGUGUGGCACCCAAUGCGCCCCAUCAUUGUGUCGAUUUCAUUUUCAGGCACCAUCUUCGUCUGGAACAUCAAGCGCGUCGAGAACUGGAGUGCCUUUGCCCCAGACUUUGCAGAGCUCGAAGAGAAUGUGGAAUAUGUCGAACGAGAGGACGAGUUUGAUAUUAUUGACGAGGAGCAGGUCAAAAAGAAAAAGACUCUCGAUGAAGACGAGCUCAUUGAUGUGGAAACUGUGAAAAAAACCGUUUGGAGCAGCGACGAGGACGAGUAUGGCGAGGAAGAGGGCAUCUUUUGCCUUUUGCCGCUUGUCACGACCACGGAUGCGACGUUCUCACAAGCUGUAGCUGCAGCCAAGUCAGCGGUUGAGGAAGCCGAGCGCCAAUCGGCGAUCGAAAAGCGAUCUGCAGACGAGCCCAUUCAGGGCGACGCCAAACGUUCGCGCACUGAACCUGAAGAGUCCAUUGCCAAAGCCGAGUCAUAG